UCAGCCGUCGAUAUUAGCAUUGAGAGGGAGAGAGAGAGAGAGAGUUUGGAGCCAGGAGGGUGCGCAUCAGCGCGCAUAGGUAUAUAAGUACACAGGCGCAAGUGAAGAGAGGAGGCUUGGCGACGAGCUCGCGCAGCGCGCAGCCCUCGUGUGCGUGCGUGUAUACCUAUCAUGCGAGAAAGCAUCGAGAAUGGCCGGGGCAGUAGCGCGUCCGAGGUGGGAGCAGCUCGCAGCGAGAACCGGCUUAUUUUCUCGGAGCUGGAAGCGGCGCCCUGAGCCCGCUGCAGCGCUAGCAUCGAGGACGAGACUAAGGAGGAAGAGCCGCGCGGGCUGCACCGGCAGCAGCAGCAGCAGCAGCCUGGUCUAGAGUCCAGGGGGACUAGUGAGCAGCGACAGGCACACCUUGCGUGUGUGCGCGCGCGUGUGUAUGUGCCUGUGUAUGUGUUGUACCCGCACGUAUACACCUACUUAUGUACUCUGUGCAGCGAGUCGUGCGUGCGUCUUGUUUUCUUUCUCUCCGCUGCAUGCGCGCGAGUGAGUGAAUGCGAGUGCGAGGAGUGAGAGCUGCGAGAGCGAGAACAUGGCAGAGGAGCUGCUGGUCACACUGAACCGCAGCGACUCCACGGGCUUCGGCAUCUCGCUGCUUCGCACCGCCGGACUGCCGCACGUCAUCUACGACGUCGUCGAGAACUCGCCCGCGGCCGACAGUGGCAAGGUCGAGGCUGGCGACGUUAUACUCAGGAUAAACGAAGUGGAUGUCAACCGUUUCAGCACUAAAGAAGUUCUAAAAUGUCUUCGGCUCUCCUCGGAUCCCGUGACGCUGAAGCUGCGAAGGGAUCCGGAAAUAAAAGCGCACGUCCAGAGGCUGCUGUCGACCAAGAUGAUCUCCGACGAGCUGGAGAUGAAGGAGAACGUACAGCGCAGCAAGUCCUCUUCGAUCUCGCCGGAGCUCUCGACUAGUUCUGCCCAACCACAGUCACAGCAGCAGCAGCAGCAGCAGCAGCAGCAGCAGCAGCAGCAGCAGGAACAACAGCAGACAGCCAGUUACAGCUCGCACUCGAGAAGCAAUGGCUCGUGCAGCGACGCUUCCGGCUCUUCGGAUCUCGAAGCUCUCAUACCCCAGCAGCAGCACGACAGUUUUAAGGAGGAGGAACGCGCCCAGUGGGAGCCGCUUGUCGCCGACAAGUUCUCUCGACAGAAGAAUCCACCUAGGUUCGAGGCGUAUAUGAUGACGGGUGACUUGAUGCUGAAUCUCUCGAGAACGCAGCAAAGCAGCGGUUUUCUGCCCAAGUACCAGCAGAAGAAGGUGGAUUCGUUGAGGUACAACAAUCACUACACCCACCAUCACCACCAUAACCAUCACAAUAACCACCACCACCAUAACUCGGUACCAACGAGCCCGAACGAGACACUGGCUCAGCGACGGAACGCCGGUGGCGGCGGUAGCGACGUAGGCGCUGGCGGAGGCAGCUCGAGCUCCGCGAGUAGUAGUCCCGUAGGUCUGAAUAAGCGUGAGGCUGGCCCCGGCGUCGCGGGCCAGCCCCAGCACCAGCACUCGCAGCAGCAGGCCGCGCCCAGUUUCGUGCGCACCUCCCGCUCCGAGGAUCACCUGCAAUUCCAGAAGGAUCCGUCCAUGUCGACCGUUGACAUCGACAUCGACGACGACGUCACGUCCUCGCUCAAUACCCUGCUGGACACGCGCGCCGAGAGUUGCGGUCCCGGACUCUCGAGCGAGCGCAUCGUCUGGACAUACAACGCUCCCGUCAGUUCCCACUCCUCAGAAGCCGGCUCUCGAUCCUCCUCCCAGAACUCGUCGGCCAACGGCUGCGCGGCCGAGCCCAGUCCCAGUCACAGCCACAGCAGCAGCUCGGGCUCUUCGACCGAGAGCACGAGCCCGCAGCGAUCCCUCUCACCCGCCUCCCCUACUUCCGUCUCUUCUUCCGUCAUGUCCUCCAACUCUGGCUCCCGUAGGUUCCCCACCGUACCAGCCUCGGCUCUGCAGACAGCACCGGUCUCGGCUUCCAACAACCCGUACCACCAGCAGCAGCUGCCGCACCAUCAUCAUCCGCAUCAGCAGCAGCAGCACCAGCAGUCUGGCUUCCUCGCCACAACUAACGGCGAUCUUAGUCAGUCUGAAGCUAUCAGCAACAUGUCCAGUCCCGAUUACAAUGACGAGGAGACCAUGGAUAUCCUGAGCGCGCGCGACCUCAUGAUGGUCAGUGAUCCUAGCGACAGCGAUUCGACAAUCCUGGCUAGUGAGCCACCACAGCGACAGCGUCUCAAGCAACACCAGCAGCAGCAGCAGCAACAACAACAACAACAACAACAACAACUGGACGAGCAGCACAGGAUAGUCAUUCAAGUAAAAGGUCCGGCGGAAAAGGAACGGCACGGGAGUCCGCGCCAGCAGACAAGGCGAACAGACCGAGCGCCGCCGGUCUGUUGCGGAAGUCAAGAAAGCAGAAACAACGGGAUCGAAUAUGCGGGCUAUCAGGAACUCGUGGACCUGGAAAAUGAGCGCGAACGGGGUGGCUGCUCCGGAUACGAUGAGCAGCGGGGGAGCGGCCCUUCGCCGCCGCAUUCUGCCGACGAAGAGAGCGACAUUGAGAGCCUCCACAGCUUCCACUAUAGUCCCAAGGCCGUGGAUCUGCCUUCGGCUAUCAGGCUAGCCAAAAGGCUCUAUUCUCUCGAUGGCUUCAAAAAGUCUGACGUCUCGAGACACCUGAGUAAAAACAACGACUUUAGCAGAGCUGUCGCCGAAGAAUAUUUAAGAUAUUUCAACUUUGAACGAGACACGCUGGACGUGGCUCUAAGGAAGUUUCUUGCUCAAUUUUCGUUGACUGGCGAGACUCAAGAGCGUGAGCGUGUACUCGUUCAUUUUUCUAAAAGAUACCUUGAUUGCAAUCCGGGAUCUUUCAAUUCUCAAGAUGCCGUGCAUACACUAACCUGUGCAAUCAUGUUGCUCAAUACCGACUUACAUGGCCAAAAUAUUGGCAGAAAAAUGUCAUGCUCUGAAUUCAUAGAAAAUCUUUCAGAGCUUAAUGACGGUGACAACUUUCCGCGCGAAGUAUUGAAGCAGCUGUAUAAUGCCAUAAAAUCUUUUCCUUUGGAAUGGGCUCUUGACGAAGAAGGUGAUGAAGUUGCAUCUCAGGCAAUGCAACAGGGAGAUAGUCCAGUUAUAUCCGCUAGUGGAAAUCCAUUUCUUGAUGUGCCAAACGUUACUGGCGCUACAGAGUUCAAAAAAGGCUACGUCAUGCGCAAGUGCUGUUACGAUGCCAACGGAAAAAAAACUCCAUUUGGCAAAAGGGGUUGGAAAAUGUAUUAUUGUACAUUAAGGGAACUUGUAUUAUAUUUGCACAAAGAUGAACAUGGCUUCCGUAGUGACAGCUUGCACAAUGCCAUACGUAUUCAUCAUGCACUAGCAACGAAAGCGUCCGACUAUACAAAAAAGCAACAUGUUUUUAGGUUGCAAACUGCUGAUCAAGCCGAAUACCUCUUUCAAACUAGUGAUUCCAAAGAAUUGCAAUCUUGGAUAGAUACAAUAAACUUUGUCUGUGCCAGUUUCUCCUGUCAGCCGCUUGCCGGCGCGGUAGGUUCUCAACGAAAGUUUCAACGGCCUUUGCUUCCAUGCAGUCAUACAAAAUUAAGUCCAAGGGAACAACUUCGCGAUCAUGAAGAUAGGGUCAAUAAGUUGGAAGCUGAGUUGGAUGAACAUAGGCGACAUCCGCCGGAAAGGGGCGCAAAGGCUCUAACAGUACAGAAUUAUAAAGAAAAAGACGCGUAUUUACAUUAUGAGCUUAAAAGGUACAAAACAUACGCGUAUUUAUUACGCUCAAGAUUAGCUUACACGGAAAUUGAGUCAUCUCUAGCGGAGAGCAGUAUUGGGGAGGUUGAUGAAGGUAGCGGUGCUUUCAUGAAUAUUGAUGUAGCAUUGGUGCCACCUCCAGUUCCAGACCGACCAACCACAAAUAGGUACAGUUACAGGGCUGCCAUUUAUAAUCGUAAUCUUUUAAAUGAUCAGGAUUACAGUGGGGACAUUGGUUGACGUGUAAUGGGUGUCUUUUCCGCAUGUGUGGUCUAGUUUAAUCUACAUACGCAGAUGCUUAACCAGCAGAAUACUUUAUUGAAAAUGAGACAUUUAAGUCAGCAUUUUAUUUUGACAAUUUCUAAUUCCGUGAAUUGCGGACCACCGAGACUGCCAAAUCACUUGUAACUAGAUUUUAACUGUUUUUUUUUUAAAGUGCGCAAAGUCCUUGUGGCGGAAAUCAAAAAUGACCAAGCUCAGUUGCGUCUGGAUUUAUCUGCGUAUUUGGAUCUCUAGUCCAACAUGCCAAUGAUUAGAUGGUUAAUGGAUCAGGGCUUAGAACUAAUACAUUACAGUAUUGUACAUUGAUUACUAAUGAAAUAACAAAUUAAUACAUAAUUGAUACACUUUAAGAAAUUUAUUGCCUUACGAUUAUUCUCAAUUCAAUUUUGUUUAAGUGUUAACAUACGAAAUACUAAUGAUUAAUCAUAAUAACUGUCCAGACCAAUUUGAGCAUUAACAAAAAAUUAUUACGAAAAAAUGUUGUGCAUUUAGUUUCAUACUAUUUUUUAACUAAAUUUUAAUGCAGUUUUUUUCUUUACUUUUUUUGAAAUACGUUUUAGAACUACGGGCUUCCAUUAUAUUCUUAACAUUUGCAAUUUAUUUGAAUACUCUAACGAGGUAAAAAUUUUAUUAAAUUCAGCCAGAAAUUUUAAUUUUUCCACGUAUUGUGGUUUCCAAUAUCACAAGGGCGUACCAUUUAAAUUGCAUUUGCAUUAAAUUAGAAAUUUAUCGAUUAUUAAUAAAUUCGUAACGCUCGAUGAAAAUCAGUAUUAAACUUUUUCUUAUUAAAAAUCAAUGUAUAAUCUACCUUGAUAAUUGAGAAAUGAUUUCUAAAUACUCAAAAUAAAAAAACUUGCGACACUUUACACUUUGAACUACGAAUAAAAUCUAUCCUAGAAAAGUAAUUUUCUCAAAGAAAAAAUUUUAAAUAAAAUUUGAAACAAUUAAACGGCUAAUGUCCCCUGAAGAACUUUUUCAUAUCAAAUGAAAAACGUGAAAUCAGUUAGACAUAUAAUAUAUACAUAGGACAUAAAUUAGUGUUUCUUAAUUUUUAUAAACAAAAUUUUUUUAUUUUGUUUUUAAAAGCUAUUUCUUAUGUCAAAAUAUAAUUAUCAAAUACGAUUUUCUAUUAUUAAAGUACUUUUGAUAUUAAAUAGAUAUUUAGAUUAAACAUUUAAUUACGAGAUUUUCAUCCAAGUUAUAUUUAUAUCUUUUUAAGUUGGCAAGGCUGUGUAUAAAAUUUCAUUCUUAAGAAGUAAUAAAUUUAUACUUGGAUCUGUUAAAUUUAGAUGAAGUAAUACCGUAUAGGCAUUUUUAUCAAGCGUAAGAGAAACUUGAUUAUUCGCUUUUAAGAUUUUUCAUUCAUGUUCAUUUAUUUAUAUUUUUCCUAGUAUAUUUGUUUUUGCUACGUUAGGUGAGCCAAAGUUUUCCUUAGUGAAAGUUGAGUUAAUUAUAAUAAAAUUUAAGACUGGACUUGUGUACUUGAGAAACUAUGAAAACGAGUGUUUGUUGUUGUAUAUUUUCUACAAAUUUUUAGGCUUACUAAAAUAAUGAUUGCGUCCAAACUGUUAAAUCUAGAAUCAUGAUCGUUAAGUUUUAUACGAAUUUCUUUUAGAAAAUAUUCAUCCAACAGACAUACGUUUUCGAAUAUAAUAGUUAUUAUUAAUAAUAUGCAAGGUAGACUUAUCUCAAUGGUGAUAUAAAAAGGCGAAUAUUUUUACUUGGGUAGCUAGCACAUUUUAUAAUUUGUUGUAGUGCUAAAAUAUUUUGUUUAAUAUAAAUUUUUUUAAAUUCAAUUGGUUGAUUAUGUGAAAAUGAGUAACUGCUAAAGAUUUUGAACUAUUUGACAAAAUGAAGUUGCAAAAAUUGUAAAAUUAAAAAUUACAAACUAUAUAUUGCCAUAUAUUUUUUCGUUGCGCAGCUUACGAGCUAAUUUAUUAAAUUUAAGUUAGAAGAUAGAUUUACAACUGUUAAUUUUUUAUACUUGAAAUACGAUAAAUUAAGUAGUGCAACUACUGCUCUUCUUGUUACCGAUGCCUUUACAUUAAGUUUACUUAUAUUAUAAUAUAGUUUAAUUUUUUCACUAUUCAUUAUUUAUGAUGGAUUUUGUAUCAUCUAUGGUCAAUAUGCUUUUUAUAAAUAAUACUUACAAUAUUAAAAUUAUAUAUCUAUACAUCUAAUAAGCUCAAUUUCUAUAGAAGAAAACUGAACUUGCCAUGAAUAAUUCGAUUAAUUAAAAACAAUCAAUCCAUUUAUAAAUUCACUUAUUUACCAUGAAAGCAAAAGUAAAUCAUAUGGACUAUAGAUCUAACUGAACUCAAGACAAUUUACUGCCCUGUUCCGCAUUUUUACAUUGUAUGUUUUUGUGAAUAUAAUUUAUCACGCGGCUAGGCCUUUGAAUCACUUUUUCUUGUUAUUAUUUAUAAACUAUUUAUUUGUAUAAGUUCGGAAAAUUUUCAUUAAUUGCGUUUAAAAUUCGUAAAUGAUAAUUAACUCCUUGUAUAUAAAACUGUAAUAUAUGUGGAUAAUAUAUUAUGAAAUAAAGAUCAAACUUAAAACUAUGCAAA